AUGGAACACUACUCUUCUUCUCAGCAAGUUGUGUUGCUUCCUUCAUAUCCCAUGCUUCUCUUUUCUCUUCUGAUAAAUGUACUGAUUGAACAUUGUACAACUGAUGAACGACAAAAUCUCCAGGCAGAGAUCACAACAACCCAGCAUUACUAUGAUUUCAGUGAUGAAACAACAGGGAAAGAUACUGUAGAAAUUGCACCUUCUGGCUUAUUAGAGCUUGGUCAAUCUUCUUGUCAAACUGGGACUUCGGAGAUCUCCAAUCCACUGAACUCGCUAGCAGAAGUUGUACAAGAGGUUGAUGGCGAUGAAAUUACAGCAGAACCAGCUAUGGAAAUACUGCCAAGAUUCGAUGAAGCUCAGGUGCAAAACCUAAGAAAUGGGUUAAAAGUUGCAAGCCUGGUCAUCUCAGUUUCUACAACUGGGAUUUUUAGUUUCCUCGCCGGAUUUCCUACAAGUCAACAUCCCACCAUGAAAAGCAAGCUUCUGUUCAAAGCUGGAAUUCUCUCAAUGUCUGCCUCACUGUUCUCUGCUUUAGUCCUAUUGGUACUGUCAACAAACAAGGCCAAGUUUUCUGCCUUAAAUCUAACUGUGGGAAUUAUCAUAUGGAUUUCCACAGGAUUGAUGACAUUGGCAGUGGUUUUGCUCAUCAUAUUUUACUUGCAAAACACAACGUGAUCAUUAGCUAUUUUCCCUUGAGGCAAGACAAGUGAUCUAUUGUAAGGAAUU